GACGGCACUCGGGGACCUGCCAUCGCAGCCGGACCUUCCCCACAUCCUCGCCAUGAAGGGCCCCCUGCUCGGAGCCAUGUUCUCCCGGCACGUCAAGCGGCACCCCGGACUCAUUCCCCUCAUUGGCUUCAUCAGUGUGGGCCUGGGCAGCGCUGUCCUGUACUUGCUGAGGCUGGCCCUGUACAGCCCGGACGUCAGCUCAGUGGCCCACGGUCCCUGCAGCCCCACGCUGUCUAAUGCCUAUCUAAUAUUUGUUUGCUCCCGGUAAAACGCUCAUUGAUUUAAUUUGACGCCAGCUGCCCAGGGUACUUAGCUCAGCAAUUAGCAGAUCCAGGCACCUUGUCUUUGAUGGU